GUGAACUUGUUCGGCUGAAUAGCGAUUAAAGAAAUAGUAUUUUGGAAACGUUGCUUCAAUCACUUCCCGUUCCCGGUGCCUUUGUUCGAUGCGAAUCUUUACAUAGCGCGUCAUAAGAAUAUUGGCACUACGGUCCGAUACCUGGCGCAAGUAUAGUAACGGAACGUCCGGUGCUGAUGAUGAACCCAUACGGUUCUUAUGAUCGGCGCGAAGAAGCGGCUAGCGAAUAAUUAGCAAACUCCUCGCCCAAACUAUCCGUAGCCGUUGAGUUAGUUGCUCAAUCGUUUACUGAUGAUUUGAUUGGUGUGAUGAUCGCGUUAGUCUGAUUAGGCUGGGUUUGCUACUUUUUGAGUUUAUUUGCCUGUUAGCCGAAAUCCAAGCUCCGUUCUAUGGCAACCGCACCUAUCUCACGUCGUUAGCUAGGCGUACCAGAGGCCACGGCACAAGCCCUUGUUUCAUCGUACAAUUACCUUUCUCUAGAUACCCAGCCAAAGUAUCCUUUCUGCUAAAGUAAACCACCCCAGCACAUAUACACUUACUCGAACAAACCUAUUCCAAAUCAAUACCAUGGCUAAUAAAAUGGUCGGUAAGGGUAAAUUACCCGUGGAAUCGGAAGACGCACAGAAGCUGCGAUUUCAGGUCGAGCUGGAGUUUGUUCAAUGUCUGGCGAAUCCAAACUAUUUACACUUUCUUGCACAACGUGGCUACUUCAAGGAUACGGCCUUCGUGAACUAUCUGAAAUAUCUGCUGUACUGGAAGGAACCGGAGUACGCCAAGUACAUCAAGUUCCCGAUGUGUCUCUACUUUCUGGACCUACUACAGUACGAGCACUUUAGGCGCGAAAUUGUAAGUGCCCAGUGCUGCAAGUUCAUUGACGAUCAGGCGAUCCUGCUCUGGCAACACUACACUCGACGACGCACGCGCCUAACGUCUCUUGGUACCACAAGUCUGACUGGAUUGGCCGUUGGUGGACAACCGGUCGGUGGUGGCGUACAGGGCACGUUGCUCUCGAACGAACCCACGAUUAUGGCCACCUGUAACAAUAGUAACGGUGGUAAUAAUGGUACCCAGAACAACGCCAACAACGGAUCGUCGGCGGGCAUCAUGAACAGCAACAGUGUUAGCAACAAUGGACCCAACAGUGGUGCCGCCGGAGGUGGCGGAAACGUCGGAAAUGCAGGUGCCGCGCAACAAUUGCAGUCACAACAACCUCAGCAGCAAAACGGGGCCGGUGGGUUGACACAGCACAAUGGUGUCGGCGGCGGCGGUAUGAUGAGCAACCCGUUGGGUCUACUUGGCAGCGGCGGAGGAAGCGGUAGCGGUGUGCCGGGCGGUGGCAUCAACCAGAAAGUUCCUUAAUGUCGCACACUGUCACCUCCUUGCACUGUUCGGAACGGCGCACUAAAUGACGGUUCCGUUGUUAAGCACUGAACUUUCACAUGAAUCGUUGGUGUACAAAGACUGUUUUUAUAAAUACUGUAUAGCUUACUGUAGGACGUAA